AUGGCUGUCACGAUGCACCUCCCACCACCGAUGGACGUCUUCCCAUCACCUCCGCUCAUGGCCAUGAGCUCACGCUCGCACUCACGCAGCAGCACCAGCACCAGCGCCUCUGGCGAGCGUGAGCGUCUAGCUCCUCCCGUUAGCGGUGCUUUCUACAACCACAACUACAACUACAACUACGCCCUCCAGUCCCAGCGGAACCCUUCCCCUUCUUUUCCUACUUUCGAUAUCCGCACAAUCCAGUCCCUCCUCCGCACCACCGCUCCCCAAGCACCACCUCUCCAGCAUGUCGAGCGCCUCCUCGCGUCUCCACACCGCGUCUACCUCCUCCGUCUCGCCAACACUGCCGCAGCACCGCUGGUGUUGAAGUCCGCACCUGCGCCUUCGACGCGUAUGCUCAGACGCGAGGCCACCGCUCUCGCGGCCGAAGUGGCUGUUUUGCCGCUACUGACGGGAGCUGGGCUGCCUGUGCCCACUCUUAUCAGUAGCAACGCCACCACCUCCUCUGCCGCUAUCACCAAUGGUACUAGCGCCAGCAUCAGUGCUUCCAACACUGCCACAACAUCACAAUAUCUUCUCCGCACCCACCUCCCUGGCACACCUCUCUCCUAUCUUUCUCACCCACUGCCUCGUCACGCUCUCACUUCCAUUAACCACGCCCUCGGCACCUACCUCCGUCGUGCCAACGCUCUCUCCUCUACCUCCUUCGGCCCUGCUUCUGUCGUCGCCUCUGGCCGCGGCAGCAGCUCUUGGUCCGUCGCCUUCGCCAUCGUGGGAGAAGGUGAAGAGGAGGCAGAAGAAGCGUUCUGGAAUGGCCUUGGUGUCUCGAAGCCGAAAAGGGGAGAGCCGGCCUAUGUGAGGCUACUGCUGUACUCUGUCUACCGCGCCGUCGUGGAGAUUGUCGCACGACACUACCGUCCACAACAAGAAGACGAAGAGGAAGAGAUGGCGGAGCUGGCAGCGCGACGCGCUCUUGCAAAGGCACUGGGAGAGCUUGCGGCUCUUUGA